GGUACUGUACAUGUUUUUGUUAAUUUCAGUUUUUGCUUUCCCCAUUUUGAAUCAGAAAGUAUAAUGGAUGUAUAUUAUACUCCCGUUGAUGGCAGUAAUGCAACAUAUUGUAUGCUAACCGCCUUUAAAUCCAAAGAAGAAGAAGAAUCUCCCCGCUCCCUGUUAGUAUUUGGCAGCUAUGACAACGAAGUUUGAAAAUGGGUGGUUUGACACCUCAGAAGAAGAAGCUCUCCUCCUCUAAAAUGUCUCAGAAAGCUCUGAAAUGCACCGUGAAAGUUAAAAUCCAAGCUAUUACUUGUCCAGGGGUUGUGUUACCCAAUCAGGAAGACAUAUACCUGAGUGUCUGCGUCAUGGGACAGUUCAAGAAGACUCUCUGUCUGCCGCCUGCCUUCCCUCUUCUAUUCCACGAGAACAUGGUAUUUGUGAAGACGUUCACAGGAGUGGCUGACCCAGGUCACAUUGUGGACCUCCUUGAAGCUGACACAACAUCCUUUGAACUGAUUCAGCUUGUGCCUCCAGAGGGGGAUAUUUUGGCCACUAUUGAAGAGAAGACCAGAGAAUUCCUCUAUCCAGGCCCCAAGCUGACACCUAGAGCCGAUGGUCCUGAGAGAGAGAUGCUGAUGAGGAGAUCUAUCUGUUUCCCUGGAAUCUCUCCUAAAGUGGAGUUUGCAACCAUGUCUGUCAUUGAGGAAUGUGAUGGGAAAGAUAGCCAGCCUCAGCCUGCCUCCCCUCCGUGUUGUAGACCAUCCCCAGCCAAACAGUCCCCAGCAAGGCGUAGACCAGUCAGAGGGGCUGUUGGGAGCCCUAGACAGACACUGAAAGGGAAUGAUCUGAGUCUGAUUGGUCCAUCCAGUGGUUAUGAGCAGCCCACUGUGGCCUCCCAGGCUCGUGCUCUCUCUCCCUACACCCACCGCAGGAUGUGCCAACUGUCUGAGGAAGCCAGGCAGAGACUCAGCUACCUCCAACUUGGGCCCUACAAGUUCAAGAAGGAAACAGAGGCCCAGAUCCCCUUUGUGGUCACCAGUACUCGGAGUGUCUCCAUGAUUGAGACUCCUUCAUCUUGUCUCUCCUCUAAAAUAAGCCUUCCCCACAGCAGGUCCACCAGCUUUGCUCUAGACCCCUUAGGAGAUGUCUCUCUCCUUGGCAGCUAUAGACCAAAGCCUGUUAAAGUAAGCACUGGCUGUCUGAAGACUCAGAAAUCACCAGGGAAGUCUUCCAGACAGGACUGUUCCAGAACCACAGCCAGGAUGGCCCUGGCUGCCCAGUCCUCUACCCCAGUGUGUGGCCCGAGGAGUCCCCUGCUCAGCCGCUCCUCCCUCAGAGAGCGGUUCCAUAGUAGUGAGUCCAGUCCGUCUAAGGAGAUCCACAGUCGAGUCCAGAAGAUUCUCCACACCCAUUCUACUGACAGGAAACUACACUUUGACGAGGAUGGGUGUUCGGCUAAGCGGGGGCCUCCGCUCUCCUGUGAAGACUCUUUAUGUGACAGCCAGGCUUUCCAGGACAGGGACACUCCUGGAGAGACAUCUGUCCACCUGGACAAUGGGACAUUCUGGAGCAGGCAGGUUGCCUGCUACACAGGGAAACCCCACAGGGCUGUGUUUGAGGACAGUCUGGGACUCAUCUACAAGAACAUGUACAGGAGGGCCUUGAGCACCACCUGAGACCUACACUAUUAUUGCUUCAGACACCUGGCUGGGUUCCAAUUAUGACUGGUGGUACUUGAUUGCUAAGAUGAAGGAACACUGACCCUGUGCUAUACCAUAACCAAAGAGUUUGUCAUAUGUGCCCUGGUUACACUGAUUUUAGCUCAUUUAGAGUUACAUGUGUGCACUAUUUACAAUUUUCCAUAUUUUUGUACUAAGAAUGUUUAUCUAAACUGAUUUAAUGACUACUUUUUCAAAAUAUCUUUCCUGUCCAUCUUGUGGAUUUGGUGUACUCAUUCUCUGGGUAGAAACUGGUUGAGCAGAUGUUAAUUCAUUUGAUCUCUUUAUGUGGAUUUGUACCCUUAGACACACAAAAAAAUAUCUUUCAUGUUCCAGCAAAUGUACACAUAAUGGAAAGGGUUGCAGAGAAUAGCUUUUGUAAAACAGUCCAUUUGGGCACAAUGCAGCUCAUUCAACUCAAUUGGCUUAUUGGGAUGAAGACAAAGUACAGUUGACCAAUGGCUUAAGGUGGUUUUGUUCAAUAAAUCAUUGGAAAGUUGAAAAAAUUAGUGCUUGAACAAAGUAUGUCCGGUGAUCCUAAAAUAUCAAUUCAUAUUGGAUAUGUCAGGGAAAAGUAUGAAUAGUUCCCAAGCCUCUUCAGCUUGACUUAAGUAUACUAAAUGGGGAAACUCCUAACAAGUAUAGCAAUGGUGGCUAUGCAUAAUAUAUUUGAAAUCUUGAUUUCCAUUGUUUAUGGCCAUUAAUGUAAAAAGGCCCAGUGCUGUCAAACAUGUUUCAUAUAUUGAACAAAAAUGCAACAUGUAAAGUGUUGGUCCCAUGUUUCAUGAGCUGAAAUUAAAGAUCCCUGAAAUG